AUGUCUUCCAAUAGAAUGCGUCGUAUUGCCAAAGAGCUGAACGAUAUCGCGAAUGAUCCUGGCGCUCAAAUAUUUUGUCAAGCAAGAGAUGGUAAUGAUAGCGAUCUGACCAGCCUUCGAGGUUCUUUUCCAGGUCCACCAGACACACCCUACGAAGGAGGCACAUACCUAGUUGAUAUCAAGAUUCCCAAUGAAUAUCCAUUCAAACCGCCACAUAUGAAUUUCGCGACCAAGGUCUGGCAUCCAAAUGUCAGCAGUCAGACUGGGGCCAUCUGUCUUGAUACAUUGUCCUCGGCCUGGUCUCCGGUUUUAACCAUCAAGUCCGCCCUCCUUUCCCUCCAAUCUCUUCUCAGCGAACCUGAGCCAAAGGACCCACAAGACGCCGAGGUAGCCACUAUGUUGAUCAACCACCCUAAGGAGUUUCGAGAGAAAGCACGCGACUGGGCAAUUCAUUAUGCUGGUGCCCCAAGAGUCACCAAAUGGUCUCAGGCUGCCGCCUCAAGCCCUUCAUAUCUUCCCCCUGUCAAACAUCAAUCACAAGAAGAGAAGGCGCGACAGGAGAUGUUGAAAUAUCAAGGAUACAACAAGGCUCUGGUCGAUCGCUUCGUAUCCAUGGGAUUUGACAUUGAAAAGGUAGUCGAUGCAUUCAACUUCGUUCAUAUCGACCGCCAUGGUGGGGAGGAUUACGAAUUAGAGGAGGCUUAUAUGGGUGAUAUCACAGCAAGACUUCUUGGAGAACCAUGA